UCUUCAAUAACUCGUAAAUUACUCGAGCGAAUGUAAAUUUAAGUUGAAGUAUAACAUAUCAAAUAUACAAAUUUUUGCAACACACGGUUACAACAACGAUGACCACUGGUGACCAAUUUUUUCGCUAUUGUGCACUUAUUUACUUCAUCCAAGCAACUCAAGCUGUUCAAAAAGUGCAAUUCUACAAUGAUUUCGAAAUAUCCUCCCCCAAUACUGACGGAUUGGACGAUUAUCUCGCCAUUGACGUCUCCCACUAUCAUGGCGUCAUAGAUUGGAGUCUCAUUCCAAAGGAUAAGGUUCAAUACUCCUUUAUCAAGGCUACCCAAGGAGCGAAAUAUGUGGAUCCUAUGUUCAUCCGGAAUUGGAAUGAGGCCGGCAAACAGGAGCUGUGGCGGGGCGUGUAUCACUUCUUUUCAGUUACGGACAGCCCUGAAUCUCAAGUCGCUAAUAUCGCGUCCACCCUAAAAAAGGUCAGCUUUAAUCCAGGCCUAACGGGUCCCUACGACAUAAUGGCGAUCGAUGUCGAAGGCGAUUCUUGCUCGGCUGAUGUGACCACAAUGUCGCAAAAUCUGCUUUCCGUAAUACAUCAACUCGAAGAAAUGUACGCAUUCCGUGUUUUUAUAUACACACGUGCAAAUUAUUGGGAUUCUUGUGUCAAUACGACGUGGUACUACGAUUGGAUGUUAAGACCGUUGUGGAUUUCGUAUUAUUCUGAUACCGCAACGAAGCCGAUUCUUCCUAAGCCUUGGGCGAAGGAUGAAUUUUGGACGUUUUGGCAGUUCACUGAGACCGGAAGUAUGCCAGGGAUUAAGGGUCAUGUCGAUCUUAGCUAUGUUAGAGGAACUGGUGGGGUUCUUAAGAAGAAGAAGGUUGUGGUGGAACCAAAUACUUCCAAUUUGAUGAAAAAACCGACUGUGCCAGUUGCCAAUAACAGCAAUUGUGACUCGGACUGUUGUAGCGGGGCGUGCUACAAGCUCCAUAUGACCGGGUAUUGUCUUAAUGACGAGUGCCGAUGUUUCACUGGACCUGGAUGUCACGACAUGGUCCCUUCGUGUGACCUGUACUGCAAGGCACUUUCCAUGGAGGAGGAAUGCGACAAUCAGGACGAGUGUGCCUGCAAAGUCCCGCUGGAGCCUUGCCUUCCCAGCGAGUGCAUCGAAGCCUGUGCCGAAUGGGGGAAGGAUCACGGCUGCUUCAUACCAGCGACCCCGGUGUGGUGCAUGGAGUAUGGACCGUUUGGCUAUUGUGGGUGUCACUGCCCCUUCCUGCCCCACAAGGCGAGGGGGAAAAGUGUCGGAGGAAAGAAGGGCAAGGGGAAAAUGAAAACGAAAUUCGGAACAACUACAUCUGGUAAACAUGAGAAUGAUGUUUAAAUACAGUGGCAAAACUUUACACUUAUUUAGUUUGCCAUGCUUGGGAAGUGUAAUUUUUUGUGGAACUUUAUCUCUUUGUGGAACUUUAUCUCUUGGAUACAAAAUCACUAAUUCUUGUCGUAAAUAUGCUGUAAACUUUAUGCCAAUGAAAUAGAAAUAAGUCAUAAUAAAUUUAUGCAUUAGAUACAACGGAUGCGAGAGAAAUGUGAAAUUCAGAAAAUUGUCCAUAUU